GUUAUAUUUGCUUCUUCGCUAUUGGCAAUACUUUAAACUGACGUGUACAUACUGCAUUUCUGUUGAAUAAAAAAUUGUUCGUUUGGCGCCAUUUGCGCCUCUGUUAUUUCAUGCAAUUCAAAUAAGAGGUUUCGUGAAGUUUCUUGGAAAGUGUUAAUGUGUUGCAAGCAUCAAUUUCACAUGAUUAAUUGAUAUAACUGAUUAAUUCAGAAUAAUUAUUAAGAGUAACAAAUGAGACGACAGUAAAUAAAUUCGAGCAGAAAGUGAAUCAUUGACAUUUAAUAUCUUGAUAAGAAUACGACGUAAUACAGUAAGAUAUAAUUUUAAAAACUUAUGUUCUUCAUCUCAUCUAAAUCAUUAUAUUCACUUCGAUCGGUCUUAAAAAGAAUUAGUAACAAAGAACACCAGUUUCCACCAUGGAUAGGAGAAAAUUGAAGCUCAAGGGCAGCUUGCACAGAAAUCUGCAGUCAGAUAGUCAAUCUUCAGAAAGGGCAGAUUCCAUCAUCAGCAGUAAGCAAGCAAGUCUUUGCACAACAAAAGAAAGGAGUGAUUCAUUUAUUGAUAGAAGAUUGUCAGGCGUCGGAUCAUCAGCUUUGAAGCCACUAAACAGUCAAUCAUCAGUAGGGAGUAAUUCUUCCAUGAAAAGCAGAAAACGAAAUUUUUAUGAGAUUCAAAAUGAUGCCUCGGAAGAAGAAGAUUUGAUUGUUAGCCAUAAAUUAUCCAAGACUGCAGUGUCGAGAUCGAAGCUGAAUAGUCAAGUGUCAAUGAACACAUCUGUCAUGAGCCCAGAGGAUACUCGCCCUUCAGAAAAUAGUACGCCGAUAAAGCGUCGUUAUCCAUUCACGAACAAAUCUAGAGUUGCGAGUCCCAAAAUAACAGAGGAGGUUCCCAAAAGAACAGAAGAAGACAGUGAUCUUGAUGUUUCAUUCGACGAACCUACAGUCAUCAGGAAGAAACAUAAAACUACACAAAAUACUAACACUGACGAGGAUUCUCCCUUGAAGAAAGGUUCCACGAGUUAUAGAUCACCUAUCAAACCAAUCACCAAAUCUAACAUCUCGCAGAAGAAGCAACACGACACAUCUAAAGAACUGUAUUCAGCUACAAGAUUAGAAAAACGUAAAAGUACUGAUAAACUUGUGGAGAAAUGCAAAGUCAACAGCGAGGAUCGUUCAUUCAGGAAGCAAGAUGAGCUAUGUGUUUUUUCUAAUUUUUUACAGAAGUGUGGAAUUACAUUAUCAGUUGAUGAUGUACAUGUACUUAAUGUUCCUGCAUCUGUUGCCAAAAGGAAGAUGAACAAGCUAUUAAACUCGAAGCAAUUCCAAAAAAAAGAUAUAAUUAAUACAAUAGAUAAAUAUGUUCAAAAUGAAGGGAGAUUUGAGAGGAUGUUAAAUGACAUGGAAUUGUCUGUCGAUACCAGAGGUCUCAGUGCUCUAAACAAUGUAUCUCUGGCAAGGAUAUUAUUAGAAUUUACAGAAAUUCAAACAGAUGUAUACAAUAUCUUUAUAUCUAAGCUCAAUGAAUUUGUUCUCUUGGCAGAUACUCCCGAAAAAAUACCCUGGGCCAUAUUAUUGCUACAUCAGUUUCGUUUUUUGGAUACUAUAGUCAAUGUCGAUACGUUAACUACAAAUAUAGAACAGUUGUUAGAAACGUGUCCACUAUGGUUCCAACAUGAGCUCAUCUUAUUCCUGCCAGAUAUUUUGUCAGACGUUCAGCACCAGAGUAUCGCGCAAAUUCUGAUAAAAAUGUUGGAAGAAAAUAAUGAAUUGAUAAAUGUGAUCUUAAACUGCAUCACCACCUUUAAUCUCAGUGAGGAAUGUCUGGAAGAAUACAAAAUUAAAGUUUUGCAAUUGCUAAAGACGAAUAUGAAAAUAAAAUUUGUACCGUCCGUUAUCAGAUUUCUUCUCAACGAUUCUGUAACACCUGACAUUAUCAAGCAAACGUUACUUGUACUGCGCAACAUAGAGAUGCAACCUCUUGCUGGAGACAAAGUUGAAGAGUGCUAUAAAAAUCAAGUGCAGAUAGUUAAAACGCUAAAGAUGUGUAUGUUGUUGGUUAAAGACGUAGUGCCUGUUGUGUUAGCGCUAAUAAAAGAUAUCAACAAAAAUGCAAAGCCCAUGGAUUUAAUCAUUCUACUCCUGGUGUUUUCUGGGACAACGAGACAAAAGAGCGCAGAAACUUUAUUAAAACAAAACAUCCGAUGCGGCUUUUACAGGAUAAGUUUGCUGCACACAUUUUACAAUGAGUACAAAGAGGUUGUUCAGGAGUUGCAAACAGCGAUAUUGCAAUUGGCGUCUAAAUUAUUAAAAUCUGAAGAGUGCGUGUUUGUUAAUUUUGCAAUAGAAUGGUUUCGAUUGCAGUUCGUCAGCCAAAAAGACAUGUUGUUUAAACAGCGUGAGAUUGUAGAAAAGAUUAUUCUUCUCAUGGGCAAUAACGAUCAAACUGUAAAACACGCACUGACUAUACUUUGCAAAAUGACGGAGAACACGGUUGAGAGAGAUUGCUUGAUAUCUCAUUGCAAUCACCUGAGAAUUCUGCUAGAAAAGAUAGAUUGCUUUGGACUGGAAGAAGUUGGCACUCUGGGCGAUUUAUUACAUGGAUUAUGUUUAGCUGACGAUGUGACUUCGGAAUCGCUACGUGAUGAUCUGUUCAUACUGUUGCAGAAACAGUUGUCUGUUGCUAAGCCGAUCACAAAGUGCAAAGGUGUUAUGGCAGCAGUAAUGGCGAUAAAACAUCUAGCAGGAAAGGUUGAGACUUGUGAUCAAGCUCUGGAAUUAUUUAAUAAAGUAAUGAAAAGCGUGAAGAGUUGUUCUAAAUCGCAACCUUUGUUUUAUGAUCAAUUGUCACAAGUAAUCGUGCAAACGGAACAUAUUAAUGCAAACUUUUUACAAAAAAUUACCAGCUGUAUUGAGGAUGAAUUUAUUAAUACAUAUAUGACAGAUACAUUACCAUCCAGUGAAGAUUUAGUACCUAAAUUUGGGCUAAAUAAGGGAACAGGAAACGAGUCAGAAAACUGUGUGCUAAAUUUGGGAAAUAAAAGAAGUGGUUCAAUUGCGCCAGUAUUGUUUAGACUUCUCAGAGUGUGUAAUAUGAGGCUCAGCGUGCAUGGGGAAUUACAAGCUAUAGAUGCUCUUCUGGGAUGUGAGAUACUAAUGCCAGGAAACUUUGAUAUACCGGAACCGCCAAUACUGGAUCUCAUGAUAUGCAGUAUUAAUUGGUUUAGGGAAAUAAUCACAGGCUUUGUUACACAGACGGAUCUCUUACUGCAAGAACAGAUACUAAAACGUCUAGAUACUUUGAUCGAUUUGCAAGGUGAACUAAAUGUUUUACUAACAUUAUGUGAUACUAAAUAUCAGCCACCACCAUGUUACUUCCAUUACUUCCCAUUACCACCAUUUGUAAAAAUGGAGCACAAAACUACUAAAAAAGGGAAGAAAUCUUCGAAAGGAAACAAAGCGAACAUUACAAUUACGGAGAAUGAACCAUGGGAAACGGGUUCCAUACUGUGCUCUAAAAAUCCAGCAUACUUUAGGAAGUUUGAUGCAAAGAUAGCUCAUCUUUUGGAUAUCAAAACUGGUUCACAGUCGUCAUCGUGUUGCGAAAUGCAAGGCAUAUCGAUAAAGCAAGUCUGUUUUCUCACAAGAGAGCUUUUGGCGAUAUUUGAAAAUGAACCUUCUGAGUCUUUCGUGAAAGAUUUAAUACACCUGUUGCCAAAGAUCUGCUCAAAAUUGGACGACAUCGUCAACCGAUUGAGACAAGAAAAUAAUCACGAUUUCAGAGAAGGAGCAAAACUGUUGUUACGCCUUCUGACUAAAAUUUUCGAUUGGAAAGGAUUCUUGAGUGUAACAUAUAACAUCUUGCUGCGUGAGGGAUUGCGUACCUUAGCUAGACAAGUUAAUGAGGAAAAUGCACAGCUGCGUUCUUGCAAGGAACUCGUUGCCGAGUCGUACAAAUAUUUUGAAUCGUUGUCGGAUGUUGCUACCGAGAUAUCAUUAGCUACCGCUCUCGUUAACAUGUGCCAAUCGUUAAUGAAACAUUCCGAAACCUAUACCCAACAGUACAAAGACAAACAUGCCAAAUUAGCAUACGGAUUUCUCUGUCUGGAAUGGCCCGAGGAUAAGCAUACCGGUUCUCAAUAUAAGUUAUCUAUCAAUCAGUUAUUAAAUAAUUGGAUGGAUAAUGAACCGUUACCGUUACAAGUAGUGACAUCAAUCUUGAAAUGGUUGCCAAACGAAGUCUCGGAUUUAGAAAAUGUGCAGAGCACUUUAACACAAAUACCUUCCGUGAACAGGAAUAUUUUCCAUCUGUUGUAUAAGAAAUUGUUCGAUGGUUUGAUCAAAGGCAUCAAUAUAUCAUUGUUAACGGUCAACUCAGAUCCGAAGAGGAUAAAGGUAUGGCACAGCAUUGUUUCAAAUGUACAAAAGCUCGUGCAGAUUUGCAAAACUUUAAAAACGAAAUCUCUCAUACAGCUGUUUCUGCGGUACAUGCCGCUGUUGAUAAAGCAAUUUCUAAAUGUUGGCAUGCCUAUACUUGAACAUAAUUUGAAGUAUCAAACGGACGACGUAACUAGCAUCCUGAAAAUGAUGCAAAGUGGUACGCGAUACUUACAUGCUAUAUGCUGUGAUUGCACGGAAAAGAAGAAUUUGCCGUUAACUAAAUAUGUGCCUGCCGCAAAAUCUAUACUAGAGAGAUUAAUUUACAGUGUCAAAGGAAUGUUGGUCCUUAACGACAGCGCAACAGCCUUUUGGAUGGGGAAUCUUGUCAAUAAGAAUUUAGACGGACGUGAAAUUCUUUCACAGACAUCGUCAGAAGAGACUGCAGUAGACAUGAAUGCCGUUUCUGAGGAACUCGUAAGUGCGUCAUCUGAAAUCUUGGAUUCUGAUUUAAGUGAAGAUUUAAUGGAGGAAACCGAUGAUGAAGACAAUAAUUAAUAACGUGUAGUUGACUCGGGGUAAGUUAGGGUAAAAUGAAUGCAUAUGAUUUAAUAAGAAAAAAUACUGGAUUAAACAAUUUCGCACUAAUGUUAUUAUAUAUUCUCUCUUUUCUUAUGUACAAUGUACUAUCAAUUUUUUUUUCAUACAAAAACUUGUUCGUUUCGUUACUUCUAUUGUUAAGCAAAAAUAUAAAAAUCGAACUCGGAUAAUCUUCCAAGAUAAUCUUUAUAAGAUUUAUAAUUUCUGAAAUUUAUAAAUCUAAAUAAAAUUUAUAUAUGC